AUGUCCAACGAAGGAAAUCUGUCUAUAUCAGUACCACGUUCGUGUUUAAACGAAUUCUGUAUUAAAUAUCUUAAUUUAGUGGAGACUUUUUACUAUGUUACACUUUCUGAAGAUAAAUUUUCAAAUUCAGUCGAAAACACUGACUUUGUAUGUUUUAACGUUACACUAAAUGUAAACCCAAUAGACAGUAAUGUCAAACCACAAGAACUUGUCGAUCGGAUUCAGAAAUAUGUGGAGUCGUCGCUGGGAUGGGCAGGCGAGCGUGGCGAGGACUCUAGCUACGACUCUGAGUGUGACGACGACGGUAGCCAUCGCACCGCAUCCCGCACGCCUUCAGACACUCUCGCGGCGGAAUUCGCAGAGUAUGUCACUCUUGCACCACCCCCACAACAACCAAAUCAAGCUAAAAUCGAGUUUGCGGUGAAACUAGGUUAUUCAGAGCGUCUAGCACGUACGGCAUUACAAAGAUUGGGUCCCGACCCACCACGCAACGAAUUGUUGGCCGAGUUGAUCAAACUAGCAGCAAAACGGCCGCCCCGAGCCAUUUCUCCGCCUUUGCCCAACGAACCUGAGCCCCCGCCCGACCGCGCCUUAUUGCGGCACAUUGUUAUAGAUGGAAGCAACGUGGCUAUGAGCCAUGGCAAUAAGGAAGUGUUUUCGUGUCGGGGCAUCGAAAUUUGCGUUGAUUGGUUCAGAGCGCGAGGUCACAAGGAAAUUACAGUGUUUGUGCCAAAAUGGCGGAAAGAAGCUUCCCGACCUGAUAACCCAGUAGCGGAUCGCGACGCCUUAGAACGUCUCGAACGAAACCGCGUGCUAGUUUACACGCCAAGUCGACUUCUUGGCGGCAAACGCCUUGUAUGUUACGAUGAUAGAUACAUUCUAAGGCUGGCAGCCGAAACAGACGGGAUCGUAGUCUCAAACGAUAACUAUAGAGACUUGGCCGCAGAAAGCCCCGAGUUCCGAAAAGUUGUAGAAGAACGACUGCUGAUGUUUUCCUUCGUCAAUGACAGAUUCAUGCCUCCCGAUGACCCCCUCGGUCGAUCUGGCCCCACGUUAGACUGUUUUCUGCGAGCUCCCCCGUCCCGCUCCGAUCCGCCCCCGGCCUGUCCAUACGGUAGAAAAUGUACAUACGGGAACAAAUGCAAAUUCCACCACCCAGAACGCGCAGGCCGGCCUCACAAAUCCGUAGCCGAGAAGUUGUCAGAACGUGCAGCAAGGAAAGCGAGAGAUUUACACACAUUGAGCUUACCUCCCGGAGGGCGUCCCACAGACAAUAAAAAGCCGCUAGCUCGUGCCCAUUCUGCUACACCCCGACUAUCUGAUCCGACACUUGUAUCCCAUUUCGACCGCGCCCAAGUACCAGGACCUUCACAACCAGAUAAUAACCCGCAUAGGAAGUUAGUACGCCAGUUAACCCUCAACCCUGCAUGUGACCCGCGACUUCACUCAGCAGCGGCCCGGGUCUCGUCGGCCCCAGUGGGCGCGGCUGCCGCUCUAACCCCACACAUGGCAGGAUUAUCCAUCUCCCCCUGCGCGUCUGAAGGAGCUCUACAACAUUGGGAAGCGCGACGACGCAUGCACUUCCACUUAACUGGCAUUUUCCCUGAAGCGCAAGUAACAGAAGCGAUGGCCACAUAUCCGGAGGAAACGGAUCCGCAAAAAAUGUGCGCAAUAAUUUUAGACAGAUACAGGCCAAGUGAAGCGACGUUACCGCGGACUACACAU